CAAAAGUUUUGCUAAAAUGACGAGACAUCCGCUGCUCAGAGCAGUGCCGUUGCCAUCCGUGGAAUUGACAUUCAUGAUUGCUUUGAAGCCCCAUCGAACAGCUCAUGAAUGUUUGGCGGCCCACCAUUACUUCUUCGUAUAGGACCUAGCUGUGGUGGUGCUCGAGCAAGGUUGCUCCUUGCAGCAGUGGUACUCGUGCUAUGUCUUCCCGAGCGCUUUGACAUGAAGCGAGCUGAUACUCCGAGUACCUGAAUCUGGCAACGAUGUGACAGGAAGAGGAAGUGGUCACCCGGUGCUUUUGGCUGAGGGCCAGGGGCUGAGCUCGCGUCCUGUCCGAUGCAUCCUGUCUGGUGCAUGUUCUGCUCUGUUUCCACCAACGCAUCUGGGAAGUGCCACCCGUUCUCCCCAAGACGUCCUCACCUCGGUGGCAGCAACGGUGAAAAUUCAAGGGUUUCUUACUGCACCGGACAGGAUAUAGAGUCCUACAUGCAAGCAGAGCAACAAUGACAUGUCUUGCAUUCUGUGGGUAUACCAAUCCAGCUGCUUUGAUUGCUGGUACUGAAUGGCCGGCGAGGAGUUUCAAGUGUGGAACGCAGGAAGGGAGUUCUCCAUGGGGGGCGAGCUCCAAGGGCCGGAGGCGGCUGGUAUCAUCGAUCCGUUUUACGAAUGCAUGGAUUGCCCCAUGUUUGUGGACUUCACGCAGCCGGACAGAAUAUCGGAAGAGGAUCUCCAAACAUGGUUUGAGAUGUAUAUUGACAGAGAAGUCGGCAAGCCCCGGAGCUACCCCCUGUUCCGGGACCCCAUCAUGGACCUCGCCCUCUGCGAAUUGGAGGUUGAGCGUCUCCUCAAAGGCGCCCCGCCUUCUGGCCUGCGCCCCUUCCAGAUAAACCAAACCCCCCCCAGGCAGAGGGCCACUUCCAAGGCCAUUGCCACCCCCCCUCGGCAGAGAAUUAACCCUACGGCGAGCUCCAGCCCGCCCCGCCACGGCAGCCCAUCCGGCAGCCCCAACUCGGUGCUCUGUGCGCAGCCCCUUCGGAGGUCCAAAUCGAGCAAAGGCUCCGCGUGGAGCCAGCCCUCAAAGGCGUCCGAAUCCUACAGGCGUCCGGCGUUCGGGCCUGCUGACGUCAGCAGGACGUCGAAGUGGGGCCUGGUCACGUCGCUGAGCAAGUCGGCCGACCUGGGGUCUCCCAGAACGAAGCGCGCGCCCGAGCCGGCGCGGGUGUCCGAACCAAAGUUGGCCUUCAAGGUGCGUUUGGCGUCCAAACCAGAGCUGGCGUCCGAACUUUCUCAGGCGUCCGAACUUGGAGCGUGCCCAAAGCGGUACAUGCUGCCAACUGCGGCGUCCAUCCGAAAGCAGAGCCCAAAGGCAUCCCGCCCCGUCAAGCCGUCAGCGGACGGCCUCGAGGGGGAUCCCUCUGGGCGACGGCCGAAGUGGCAGCUGCCCUCCCCGGUGGUCCGGAGAACGACCCCCCGGCACAGCGUUGCGGCCAAGUCGAGGGCCGAGUCGAGUUGUGAGUGGAGUGCUCAGGCGCCGGGUUUGUCAAACCACUCUGGAAAGACUCCCGAAUCCCAGAGCAUCAUAAAACAUGUGGCCAAGGUCAUGACCGGGCAGGGUUGUGAGCUGCCCGGGACUGUCAAGGGUCAGGACUUACCGCCGCCUGACCUCCAGAAGCGACCGGGACAGCCGGCACGCCCCCGCGUUGUGUUGCCGGAGCAUGUGACGUACGCAAGUAGGAGCGCAUAUGAUCUGGAGAAGCUCGCGGAGGAGCGGAAGGCUAGGUUGCGAGUGGAGUUGAAUCGCAGAGCGGGAGAGGGAGCCACGUGGCAGAGGCAACCGGCUGGCCUGGGCGUUCUCCCGGGCGGCGGGAGUAGCCGUUUUGACGAGCAGGCGCAAUGGGUGCUGGCUCUGUAAUGCAGUAACGCGUAGGGGCAGGAGACAUCCGCACGUUAUCACCUCGAUAGCGGCGCGUCCUAAUGACAGUUAAUGCGGCUUCUAACAUGACCAAGUUUUGGAAGCAAACAGUCAAAGUCUGGUCAAGCUCGUUGCAUGGGCAGGCCACUCGUGCUGAUCUGUGGUCGUAGGUGCAUACGAUUCCUGACGCUUCACCUCUGAAGAGGUUACUUAUAGGUGAGGGAAACAGAGUCUGAUUCCAACUAACAAUACCAGUAGCAAGUGUUGCAGUGCAAGUUAGUGUAGAAGCGUCAGAGUACGUAUACAACUAACCGAUAAUCUGUUAGCUAGCUCAGACAUGGUGUGCGCUGGUUUCGAUCAUGUUGUGCACCUAACUCGAGUGCACCUAACCAUCGUGCACAGACUCGAGCUGAUUUGCAACACGAAGGUGUUGAAGAAGGAAUACCAGGCUACAAUCGCUUUGUUUCGGUGCGCACCAUGGUUUUUGCAGAAGAACGUUGCGG